AUGGUAGAGAUGGAUGGAUUUGGUGGCGGGGAUGAUGUUGGAGGACUUCCCAAUAAACUAGAUCUUCAUCAAUUUCCGGAUAUUCCGAAAGAAGGUGCAGUUUUUGAUGCAACACAGUAUGCAUUUUUCGGUCAAAAUGCUCGAGUAGAAGAAGUUGAAUUGGGAGGGUUAGAAGAUGAUGACUGUUUGCCCGACUCUAAUGAGGAGGAGUUCCUUCUUAAUAAUAGAGACGAGGUUGAGGAUGUAAAAUCUCUUUCUGAUAUUGAUGAUCUCAGCACUGCUUUUUGGAAGUUGAACAAGGUUGAAAUUGGACCACAAAGCACAGCAAUUAUUGGUGCACGGGGAUCUAGAGAAAAUUCUACGGCUGAAUGGACACGGAGGAAUGAUGAUCUUAACUGGUUUGACCAGAAUCCUUAUGAUAGUCAAGGUUCUUUGGAUGGAAGAAGACUGUCAUCGCAGCCUUAUUCUUCUCUUGCCCCUUUGCAAGAAUCUAAUUCCUUGUAUAGAACUUUGUCAUAUCCUGAGCAGCAAAGGCAGCAACAACCCUACCUUCAACAUGGCUCAAAUGAAUCGGUUCCUAAUUGGUUUGAUCAGUCUUUUCGUGAUUCUGAAACACAGGAUGGCAAACGAUGGUCGUCACAGCCACAUUCCUCCAUUGCACACAUAGAAGAAUCAAAGUCCUUGUACAGUACAUCUUUAUAUCCCGACAAACAACAGGACCUUCAUUUUUCUAAUGAUUCUAUUUUGGCACCUAAUUCUUCUUUUACAUCUUAUCCCCCACCGGGUGGUAGACCUCAGCAGGCUUCUCCCAGUCACAAUACAGGCCCCUUAAACAUUCCAUAUCAUGCUGUAGGAGCUCAGAUGGCUCUAUCUCCUCAAAAUCGUUCUCAUUUAUCCAAUUCUGCACUACAGUUGGGUGGAUUAAACCAUGGGUCACCUUUUGGUGGAAACAUUCGCCAGUUUCCUAUGGGUUCCCCUCUUAAUCAGCGAAUGCCGAAUCACUUGGUCAACCAGGCAGGGCUAUAUAAUGGAGUUCAUCCCAAUAUUUCUUCUGGUUUACCAAUGAUCAACAAAUAUGAUCAGAUGCUAGGGGUGAUGGAACUGAGGGAUCAAAUGCCAAAACCUGCUCCAAUGGGUAGGCAGAAUCUCCGAUUUUCUCCUCAGGGUUUUGAUGCGAGUAACCACAAUAAAUUCAAUAAUGGAUGGCCCCGAUUUAGGUCUAGGUAUAUGACGACUGAGGAACUUGAGAAUAUAUUCAGGCUGCAGCUUGCAGCAACACAUAGUAAUGAUCCAUAUGUAGAUGAUUAUUACAAUCAAGGUUGUCUUGCAAAAAAAUCUUCAGGUGCUAAAUUGAGGCGUCACUUUUCACCAGCUCAAAUAAGGGAAAUCCCUUUACGAGCUUCUGCUAAUGAGCCACAUGCUUUUCUUCAGGUUGAUGCUCUAGGGAGGGUUCCAUUCUCGUCAAUUCGCAGGCCCCGUCCUCUACUGGAAGUUGAUCCACCAAAUUCUUCACGUACUGUUGGUCCCGAUCAAAACAUAUCAGAAAAGCCUCUUGAACAGGAGCCAAUGUUGGCAGCAAGGGUAACAAUUGAAGACGGUCUUUGUGUUCUUCUUGAUGUAGAUGAUAUUGACCGUUUCCUACAGUUUAAUAAGCAGCUUCAAGAUAAUGGAGAUCAUUUAAAACGGAAAAGGAAGGGUCUUUUGGAAGGACUUUCAGCCUCACUUCAAUUAGUUGAUCCACUUGGAAAGAAUGGACAUGCAGUUGAACUUGCUGCAAAAGAUGACUUUGUUUUUCUCAGGAUAGUUUCUCUACCCAAAGGUCGAAAACUACUUGCUAGGUACCUCCAACUACUUUUUCCAGCUGCAGCAGAAACUGUAAUUAACCUUGCGAAGGUGGUUUCAAAAUGCAUCCGCGAAAUGGAUCUUGUAUCACUUAGCGUUUGCCUAGCUUCAGUUGUUUGUUCUUCUGAGCCUCCGCCUCUACGCCCCCUUGGAAGCCCUGCUGGAGAUGGGACUUCCCUUAUUUUAGUAUCAGUGCUUGAGAGAGCUACUGAACUGUUAACUGAUCUUCAUGCUGCUAGCAACUAUAACAUAAGAAACCGUUCACUUUGGCAGGCUUCAUUUGAUGAAUUCUUUGGUCUUCUCACCAAGUAUUGUGUCAAUAAGUAUGACAGCAUCAUGCAUUCAUUUCUUACUCAAGGGACAUCAAAUGUGGCAGUCAUUGGGCCUGAUGUUGCUAGAGCUAUAAGUAGGGAAAUGCCCGUUGAGCUCUUGCGUGCAAGUCUACCUCACACUGACGAUCGCCAGAAAAAAAUAUUACUUGAUUUUGCUCAGCGCUCUGUAGUUGGAUAUAAUAGCAAUUCUGGGGGUAAUGGUCACCAUGUAAACUCAUAG